UUUACUGAUGAUGAGCAGGCACUGGGGAGUUGCUGGAAUGCAGUGGCCCAGGUGAGAAGUUACUACGUUGACUGGAGGAUGCUGAGGGAUGUCAAGAGAAGACAGAUGGCCUUUGAGUAUGCUCACGAGAGGAUACGUAUAAACGCACUGCGGAAGAACACCAUCCUGCCCAAAGAACUUCAGGAAAUAGCUGACAAGGAGAUUGCAGCACUACCCAGAGACAGCUGUCCUGUUAGGAUACGCAACAGAUGUGUGUUGACGUCCAGACCUCGGGGAGUGAAGAGAAAGUGGAGGUUGAGUCGUAUCGUCUUCAGGCACCUAGCUGACCACAAUCAGAUGUCAGGAAUCCUGAGGGCGAGGUGGUGACAGUGGUCGUGUUGGGCUCUUUAGAAAAUAGUGUUAUUAAUAUCGUUGCGCUUUGACAGGAUGGAGGAUGUUUUCAAACUUCUGGACAUGUUCUGUUUGCUGCACAUAAAUCAACAUUUGUUUGCCGCUGGAAA